CGGGCCGCGCCGACGAACCCCGCGCAACCCGUCGUGCUCGCGGCUGCCCCGAACCCAGCGUUCCAGUGCGCGCGCUCUUGGUGUGGCGGGAGGCGAGGGGUGCAAACCUGCCCGAAGUUUCACUUUUGUUUCCCGCUUUCUGAUCUUGUGGCCUUCAGUUCGUAUUUCAAGCCCCUCCCCCCGGUGUUUGUGUGGUCAGCGAAACCCAGAAAAAUCUCGGUUUUCAUCGUCUAUCCCAGACAUUAAAGAUCUGAACCACCGCGCUGUUUGAUUUUAUUCCAGGAGGAAUAAAUUCCAGUGAGUGUGAAAAUGUAUCAAGAGAAAAGGAAACGUCAGAAGAAUUUGAAGCUAAUGCUAUGGAUUCUCUGAGAGACAUGCCAUUUGCCACUAUAGACAUUAGAGAUGAUUGUGGAAUCACUGAUGUACCUCACAAAAAUUUGGAGAGAAGUAAAGAAAAUGAACGGAUCAGUAAAGAUCAAAUAAGGAAGAGGAAAAAAAAGAAAAAAGAUUAUCAACCCAACUAUUUCCUAUCCAUUCCGAUCACCAACAAAGAGAUUACAAGAGGAAUUAAGAUUCUGCAAAAUGCAAUAAUACAACAAGAUAAGCAACUAGCCAAAGCAAUGACCAGUGAUGGCUCCUUUCAUAUUACCCUGCUAGUGAUGCAAUUAUUAAAUGAAGAUGAAGUAAACAUUGGUAUUGGUGCUCUUUUGGAAUUAAAACCAUUCAUAGAAGAAAUCCUCCAAGGAAAACCGUUGAUUCUGCCCUUUCAAGGGAUUGACACUUUUGGAAAUCAGGUUGGAUUUGUGAAGCUGGCAGAAGGAGAGCACAUGAACUCACUUUUGGAGAUAGCAGAGGCUGCAAAAAGGACAUUUCAAGAAAAGGGCAUCUUGGCGGGAGAAAACGGGAGUUUUAAGCCUCAUUUGACUUUUAUGAAAUUGUCCAAAGCACCACGGCUCCGGAAGAAGGGAGUGAAAAAAAUAGACCCCGAAUUCUAUGAAAAAUUUAUCAGUCACAGAUUUGGAGAAGAAAUGGUACAUCGCAUAGAUCUUUGCUCCAUGCUAAAGAAAAAACAAAGUAAUGGUUAUUAUCACUGUGAGUCUUCAAUUGUGAUUGGUGAGUUGGAAAGCCCGUCCUCUACCGUCCUGCAGAGGUACAGACAGGAUAUACCCAGCUGGCCAAGUGGUGAUAAGAAUGGAGGUGAGCCUGAUGACGCUGAACUGGUAAGGCUCAGUAAGAGGCUGGUGGAGAACGCGGUGCUCAAGGCUGUCCAGCAGUAUCUGGAAGAAACACAGAACAAAAGCAAGCCAGGGGAUGGGAGCUCUGUGAAAACUCAAGAGGCUGAUAGGAAUGGCACUGACAGUGACAACAACAGGAAAUGAGAGCCCAAUGCAGGCAGGCCCCUGCCGCUCCGUGAGACGCAUCCUGCUCCCCUCUGCUGAGUCAACGGACUAAUUUGCAUUGUGCUGUUUCAGUGUCUCUUGUCCAAUCUGUGGAGAUUGCCUACUACUUUCAUGAUCAGUGUGUUUGCAUUUCUGAAACACAACAGAAGAGAAAUGGAGUGCUGGGACUAGCAGAGGAAAUUAACUUAUGGAACAAGAAUGGCCCAAGUUUGACUUGCCCUCCGCCAUGGCCGAGGGAGAGGGAACUUUGGGUUAUGCCUCGUGGACUCAGAUGAGAGGCCAUGGAAGGGGCCUAGCCGUCAAUGGAGUACUGCCAUUUAUAUUGCUUAGCAGGGCAUUUGACCACUUUAUCUGAGGCCAAAACACACACACAGCUAACAAGUGCUAAGUUUAAUCACUGUUGAAAUCGUUUUCCAUACCGUUGGUCCAUAAUGUCUCCCGUCUGUCCUACGUCUGCUGUUGCUGUGCAGUGAUUUUUCUUUACAGUAAAUUGGUUUCAUGCAAAUGAUAUAUUUUUGGCAAAAUGCAACCUUUUCUAUAAAACAUGGGCAACAUCUUAAAGGUUUCUUUUAACCUUCUUUUGAUAAGUCAGUGUGCCAUAUUUAAUGUUUUUCACUGGCCUUUGUAUGUAAAAUGUAUUAUAUAAUUUUUUUUCCGUAGGCAAGAAACCUAUUGGACUCCUGGACUUAAUUAAUGAAGCUUUGCGUCGAGAAAGGAUGAGUCUGAAGUCCAAAGUGAAACAGAUAAAGGAACUUUUGUUAAAGCCUGAGACUCAGGCCAGGAUUAGGAGGGAGCUUUUUGA